UCAAUGGACUUGACGAUGGCUCCGAAGGAUGAAAAGACGAAGCAGUCUACUUCUAAUCGGAGGAGCAGAAGAAAGUCUUGGCUUUGCCUGGCUUGGAUCUUCGGAUUUCUUCUUUUGGUUGUUGUUCUUGUUGUGAUUCUAGUGUCCACCGUCUUCAAACCCAAACAUCCAGUGACUGCAAUUAAUUCGAUCAACGUGAAGGGUCUCAAAGUAUCACUAGGUCCUGCAUUGAGAGUAGAUUUGAAUCUCACACUUAAUUUGGAUAUUUCAGUUAAGAACCCUAAUAGAGCCGGUUUCAAGUACGGCAACAGUUCCGCACUUCUGUACUACAGAGGUGAAGUGGUAGGGGAAGCUGCGAUCCCUCCAGGCAAUAUAUCACCUGAAGGAACAGCUGAGAUGAACACCACCGUUACGGUAUUGGCUGAUCGGCUACUGUACGAUUCCAACUUCUACUCUGAUGUGAUCUCCGGUACGUUGGCUUUCUCUACUUAUACAAUAAUUUCUGGGAGGGUAAACAUUCUAAAUCUGUUUAAACAUCAUUUGGUGUCUUAUACCUCUUGCAAUGUCACUGUGAAUCUAAGUAAUCGAUCCGUGAACGAUUCGGAGUGCAGAUACAAGACUAAGUUAUGAAUUUGAGUUCAUGAC